ACGAAAGAAUUUUAUUAUUAUUAUUUUUUUAUUUUUUUUAAAAACCCGUUGUAAUAUGUAAUUUUGGUUAUCAGAGAUUCGUUUAAAAGAAUACAAUUAUUGACUACAGGAGGACUUUAAUAUUUAAUUUAGUUAUGCUUUCCGUUUUCAUUUGAAUUUCAGUUCAACUUUAUUAAUUUUGAUUAAUAGAUACGACAAGAUAAGUAAGAACUUUCGUUUAAUUCGAAAUUUUCAUUUUCUCAGACCUGGCUAGACGAUUCAGCGGUUACGGUGAGACAUUUGAUUUCAGCAGCAUACGAUCCACGAGUAUCGAUUGGUCAGGUCUGGGUAAAGGGAAAUGGAAGUCUGCGGACGGGGAUAAGAGAUUGAACGCUGAAUGUGGAACUUUGUUUUGUCACUGAGGAAAUAAUAUAAGGGAAAUGUGUCGUUGGACCUUUUGUACAUGUUCCCUUUCAUGCGCAUAACAUUAAUGGGCCAAAGACCUUGUAGAUACAGAUUUCACUAUUGUUUUGAUCAGAUGAGCGGCUUCAGUCAGUGGAGUGAACAGACCGACAACAGCAACAGCCUCCAUUCCAGAGCUGCCUCUCCUCAGCCCAUGACUGCUGCACUACAGCAUGUAGACAGCAGUGCUUUCUCCUGGAGCUUUUGCAAAUGAAAAUGGAGGACGUGUCUCUGUCCAGUAUGGACAACAGUAAGAUGGAGGGAUUUGCUCAAGAGAUCCUGUCUGACCUGGUGGAAGAUGCCUGUUUAGGUCUUUGUUUUGAAGUUCACAGGGCUGUCAAACAGGGAUACUUUUUCCUGGACGAUACAGACCAGGAGAGUAUGAAAGACUUUGAAAUCGUGGACCAGCCUGGCGUAGACAUUUUCGGGCAAGUGUACAACCAGUGGAAAAACAAAGAAUGCGUGUGUCCCAACUGCAGCCGGAGCAUCGCCGCCUCACGCUUUGCUCCUCACCUGGAGAAAUGCCUCGGCAUGGGCCGCAACAGCAGUCGCAUCGCCAACCGCAGAAUUGCAAGCGGCAACAACACGAACAAAUCAGAGAGCGAUCAAGAAGACAAUGAUGAUGUCAACGACAAUGACUGGUCUUAUGGGGCAGAAAAGAAAGCCAAGAAGAGAAAGUCAGAUAAGGUAUUUUUACAUUCUUUGAAACAACCUGUACUCUUGAAUCCAAAUUCACCAAGAAGAUCCAAAUCCAUGAAACAUAAAAAUGACUGAACAGAAAAAAGGAAGUGGAGAAGAUUUCCACAUCAAAGAAGGCGGAGCCUCAGAGCCACACCUACCAUUACGUAAUCGCCAUGGACAAGACAGUAGUUUCGAAGGGAUUUACCAACUGGAGCAAAGUUUUCUGGAAAGUUCGCUUUGCAAUGCUGUUUCGACUCCCAAAACGAACUUUGUUUUGGCCUGAUUUUUGUUGAUACACAUAUCACAAGUUCAGCUUUCUUCAAUCUUGCUUGAAGUAAAUUUGGGCCUGUUUUUGUCGAAAAACGGAAUGAAAAAAAAAAAAAACAUGCAAGUACACUUUUUUUUUUUUCUUCUUUCUUUUUUUUCCCUAAAGCACAGUGGUUUUAGAAGGCCGUGUCAUGCACGUGACUCUGCGAAACACACGAGCGCAACAAUCGAACACAUCCGUCUAGCUACUUUACAAUGAAACCAAUAGAAUUGCAGCGCUGUGCAAUGCAAAAAACAGGCCCUUACGGUGCAUUUAGCAUGCGAGCAAGGCUUUACAUGCUAGUUGAAAAAUGUUGUGAGUGAUACAGUCUUUAAUCAGUGACAAAAAGAUAUUAUAAUUAACUGUCUGAUGAAUAAUUUCUUAAAGCUUUGCUGGGACCCAAGCGGCGUGUGGAGAUUCAGGACAGUUGGUGCGUUUUGCUUAGAGACGAGACAUUCUCUCGAUAACACUGUGGGUUGCAGGAGUCACUCAUAACCACAGUGCCGCACGGUUUACCUUAUCACAGGAUGGCGUGAGCCGAGUUAUGCUGAUCAGUGGAGGAGAUGUGGACUAAUUCUUAUGCCAUUCAGUUUACAUUCGUUUUUGUUUUUUUUUCGUAUUCAGAAAGUUUUGCACAAUCUCUCAUAUCCUGUUCAUGCAGCUUUGAUGGCUGGUCUCUUAAAAAUGGCACAUCUAGGAUAAGGAACUUGCACGAUGCUCUCAGGGAGGAAGUUAGAACGCUGGGCCAGUUGAGCUCUCCCAUAAAUAAGGUGCAGGAAUCUCUCUAACUCGUACAUUUUCAUGAUAAUUUCUCAUUCUGGGAGGAUUUCGCAUCCGUUAACAAUGACAUUGUUAAUGAUUAAUUGCAAAUCAAGAUCAUAAAUCAGUGUAAACUGUUCCCCAUCAGGUAAUUACUACACAAUUUUUUAAUGUAAUUUUUUUUUUUUGAGAAUCAUGAUCCAGUAGAUUCGUUUCCUUUGUCCGUAGUUCAAUAGCCAAAAUGUUAUAUCACUAGUUCUAUAGCAUGUUAUCAUUAAAAAUAAUUCAAUAGUAAGUUAUUGGUUACCAAGAGAGUUUGGCAUAGAUCUCCAGAAAGAAUUAAGUCUUGAGAAUAUCUUUAUCAUUGUAAUUUGUUUUUCUUCUCUCAGUAUGUUUUUUUUUUUGUUGUGUAUUAGAUGUUUACAGUGUAAAGUGUCACUUUGUUUGUAACUAUAUAUUUGACUAGGUGAAAGAUGCUGCUAUCCUGACCGUGAGCCAUACGCUUAUGGGCAUGUCAUCUAUGUAAUAAAACAAAUCAGAACUCUGA